AUGCCACCCCCAGCUUCGUCGGUAGGUUUCUCCAAUCUACUGAAUCCGCAAGAAGCAUCCGACCCGAUCCAAAUUCAACAACACUCUGAAUCGGAUUCCACAAUGGCCUCUUCAGUCAGCCUUCUCCCACCAUUGAUCAAGGGUUCGCGUCCACCCACCGAGGAAGUGCGCCAGGAUUUGCCGCGUCCGUAUAAGUGCCCGCUUUGCGAUCGUGCCUUCCACCGCCUGGAGCACCAGACUCGUCACAUUCGCACCCACACCGGAGAGAAGCCUCACGCCUGCCAGUUCCCUGGCUGCACUAAGCGAUUCAGCCGUUCCGAUGAAUUGACUCGUCAUUCGCGUAUUCACAACAACCCCAACUCUCGGCGCAGCAACAAGGCCCAGCACCUGGCAGCUGCUGCUUCGGCGGCCGCUAACCAGGAUGUCUCCAUGGUCAACGCCGCCAACAUGAUGCCUCCUCCCAGCAAGCCCAUUACUCGCUCUGCGCCGGUUUCGCAAGUGGGUUCUCCAGAUGUGUCUCCUCCUCACUCUUUCUCCAACUACGCCAACCACAUGCGUUCCAACCUGGGCCCCUACUCGCGAACGACGGAGCGUGCUUCUUCAGGGAUGGACAUCAACUUGCUCGCAACUGCGGCUUCUCAGGUCGAAAGAGAUGACCACAUGGGAUACCACGGAUCGCGUCACCACAUGUACGGCUCCCGUCAUCAGAGCAGUCGUGGCUUGCCUUCUCUUUCCGCCUAUGCUAUCUCUCAGAACAUGACCCGUUCGCAUUCCACCGAAGAUGAUGAUGCUUACGGCCAACAUCGCGUCAAGCGCUCCCGCCCCAACUCUCCUAACUCUACCGCUCCAUCUUCUCCUACAUUUUCGCACGAUUCUCUUUCUCCUACUCCCGAUCACACUCCUCUGGCAACACCCGCUCACUCACCUCGUCUGCGUCCGUUGGGAGCUAAUGAGUUGCAUCUGCCUUCAAUUCGCCACCUCUCUCUUCAGCACACCCCAGCUUUGGCCCCCAUGGAGCCGCAGCCGGAGGGUCCGAAUUAUUACAGUCCCGUUCAGGGCCAUAUGGGCCCGAGUAUCACCGACAUUAUGUCCAAACCGGAUGGAACCCAGCGCAAACUGCCGGUUCCUCAGGUCCCCAAAGUUGCUGUUCAGGAUAUGUUAAACCCGGCCACCGGGUUUUCCUCUUAUGAACUCCUCCAACAACUCCGUUGCUGGUGGUGA